GCCACUCGGUCCGUGUGGCGCGGCGGUGAGUUGAGCACCAGCCGCGGACCGGGGCGGACCACUGCCAGCAGCUGAGCAUGGCUAGCACCUGGAGCACUGCGACGGCCUGCCUGGCAGCCGCGCUGCUGGUCGUGCAGCUGAGCCCACCCAGCGCCGGCCAGUACAUGAGCGGCUACGGCACGGGGCCGGUCGUCCCCGGACUGCUGACGGCGCCGGCCGACUCCGGCGACCCCAAGUACGACGACGCCAAGGGCGCCAGCCGGUUUGCAGCACUCUACUACGGCCAGAACGGCGUCGGCCGCCGCCACCCGCUCCCAAACCACGAGUCGCCGUACAAGUACCGGCCGCCGCUGUACCCCAGCGCUGCUCUGGGCACGCUGCCCCACCAGUUGCCCCCGCUGCCCUUGGGAGUACCCGGUGACCUGCAGUACUUCAAGUAGUGAGAGGCUCCCUGGGACUGCGGACCGCUUCUGACGCAGCAGGGAAACUACGGGAGCGGCGGUCUCACUUCCACUGACGGCAGGAGCACGUGCGUCCAUCUUCUGGAGUGUCAACUGCCGAACCAAUGCACGUCUUCAACAGUGAACUCAGCGUCUUUUGUUGAGAGGUGUAACUGGUUUUCAACGCCUACUUAAUGCAGCAUGGUUGCAUAAGUGCAACAUGCUUCGAGCAUUCUCCUUUGUUUUCGCCAGAGUCGUUCUUUUGCAUGAAAACCUAACUAUAUUCACAAGAUUAUUUCUGAGGCAUAUGUGUCAACAUAAUACAGGUCUUAAACUUA